UUUCGCAUCUCAAAGGUAGGGAGUUCAGCAGAAUUCAUCCUUUCACUUUAACGUCCUGAUCAUUUCUUUUUGGUUCUUUUAUAGUAAGCGGCUUCUUUCUUGUAACAGAUGACAGCCUGGUGGACAUUGGUGGUCUUCCUCAUUGGGACAGCCGGAGCUGCCCAGGUGUGCUACGACAGGCUUGGCUGCUUCACAAAUGACCGCCCCUGGGCAGGGACCCUCGAGAGGCCGAUUGCGAAGCUGCCCUGGAGUCCGGAGAAAAUCAACACCGGCUUUGCUCUCUUCACCCGGCAGAAUCCAACCCAGCAGCAGGACAUCAGUGCCAUCUCGCCAUCCUCAAUCUCCAACUCCAACUUCCAGCCAAGCAGGAAGACCCACUUCAUUGUCCAUGGAUUCAUUGACAAGGGAGAAGAAGGCUGGCUGGUGGACAUGUGCAAGGAGCUUUUGCAAGUUGAAGACGUGAACUGCAUAUGUGUCGACUGGAAAGGCGGCUCUCGCUGUGCCUACACUCAAGCGUCCAACAACAUCCGGGUCGUGGGUGCUGAGAUGGCAUACUUUGCAGAUGUUCUCGAGAGAAACUUUAACUACCCCCCUUCUCGUAUUCACCUCAUUGGUCACAGCCUGGGGGCUCAUGCAUGUGGAGAGGCUGGAAAGAGGAAGCCGGGGAUUUCAAGGAUAACAGGCCUUGACCCUGCUGAACCCUACUUCCAGUACACACCUCUUGAAGUUCGACUGGAUCCCAGUGACGCUGCGUUUGUGGACGUCAUACACACGGACGCGGCUCCAAUGAUCCCCAAUCUCGGUUUUGGGUUAAUGCAGCCUGUAGGCCACAUGGACUUUUAUCCCAACGGAGGAAAAGAAAUGCCCGGAUGUGAUAAAAAUGCUAUUUCUGAUAUCAUAGACAUAGAUGGAAUCUGGGAAGGCACUCGCAACUUUGUCGCCUGUAACCACUUGCGGCCUUACAAGUACUACACGGAGAGCAUUCAGAACCGCGAUGGAUUUGUGGCAUACCCAUGCUCAUCCUAUGAAUCCUUUCAGUUGGGUGACUGUCUCGCAUGUCCUAGUGGAGGCUGUCCUCUAAUGGGCCACUAUGCCAACUUCUACAGUCGUCACAAUCGAACCGAAAGCCAGUAUUUCUACCUGAACACUGGGGAUGGAAAGCCAUUUGCCCGUUGGCGGAACAAAAUUUCCGUGAAAAUAAUUGGAGACCGGAGUGUAUCCGGAUUUAUUAACAUCGCUCUGUAUGGGACAAACGGAAACACAAGGCAGCACCAAAUUGUGAAGACGAAACUGGAGCCAUCGAAAACCUACACCAAAGGUGUGGAUGUGGAAGUGAAUGUGGGUGAGAUUACCAAAGUGAAGUUCCUCUGGGAUAAUACCCAAGUCAUUUCUUUGUUUCCCAUGUUUGGUGCCGAAACAGUGACAGUGGAGCGAGGACUCGAUGGAAGAGUGUUUCGAUUCUGUGGAACGGGAGCUGUGAGAGAGCAGAUACUGCAGACUUUAACCCCCUGCUGAGAUGUUCCCUUUCCUCCUAGUUCAUGCCUUCCUGUUACGCAGCUCUUUCUUACGUUUAUGUGGCCCUCAAUGUCACAUGUCCAGAUUACAGUGAAAUUCAUACUUGCAUGUGCUAAUCAACAUGUGAAACAUCGCCACUCUCUGGCGCCCUGAUUAGUGAGUUGAACUAUCUGACUUCAAAACUUCUGUCUUCCUUAGCUGAAAUAAAGACUUUUGAGCUUUAGCAUCCAUUCACUCAGUUUUGUAUCCAGGAUCUGAAGUUCUGACCAUUGUGUGAUCUGCCACUAAUGACUGGUGUACGGAGUGUGGAUCUCUAGGAUCGUUUGAAACAAUUCUAAUAUUUUGUAUCAGUCUCUGCAUGUAAGACUCUCUACAGUAUGUCAUCUCCC